AUGCUGGAUCAUAUCCAUAUCAUAUUUGUUAUUAGCUUGAUUACAUAUAUUUCUGCAUUACAAUGGAAACAAUUAGCCAGCAGUGAUUUAGCAAAUGGUCCAGUUGGUCGUACAUCACCUUCCAAUGUAAUGUAUCGUGACUCUCUCGUGAUGUAUGGUGGAGCGAACCAUUGUGGAAAUUUUCGUCCAACUUAUAAUGAUACUUGGCUAUUUAAUUUGACAACAUUGCAAUGGACUCGACUGUUAACUAUUAAUGAUCCACCAUUAGGUCGUUGGGGUCAUUUUGCUUGGAUUGAUCCAUUGUUUGAUCCUGAUUCGUUGCUUAUUUUUGGUGGUCGAAAUGAUGAAAAUUACGAUUUACAAGCGCCAUUUUCUGAUGUAUGGCGUUUAAAUUUAAAAACAUUGUUUUGGUCAAAAUUAAAUGAUGGUAUUCCUGGAAAAACGAUUAUGGUUGAUAAUAACGGAGCCAUCGCUACACCCGAGGGAAAAAUCUAUUUUUUAAAUAGCAAUCGUGCCACACCAGAUGUGUCUGCAGCAACUGAAAUUUGGCAAUACGAUGUACAUACGAAUACUUUUACGUCGGUACCAAUUUUAUCGUCAUUUAUACCUAAACAAGAAUGGUUAUUUAGCGUGGUUGCCCUUAACUGGGUCGAGAAAUCCAACAAUCAUCAUAUUCUCGAUAAUUUAAAGUCAUUAGUUGUAUAUGGAGGAUGGGAACAAAAUCAAUUUUACCGUUUCAAUGUUCAAACAGGCAAAUUUAUCAAUUUGACUGCAAUUGGCACUAAACCACCUGACUCAGCUGGUCAUAUAGCAAUUUCAGCCAGAACAGCAACUGAAGAACCAGUAUAUAUGAUGUGGUCAGCAAAGAAUCAGCCUGAAUUGUGGUUCUAUUCCUAUGCUGAGAAUACUUGGAGUUCAAUGAAUCUUUCAUCACCUGCACCAUCACCUCGUUUAUAUACUCAAAUUGUUCCUAUUAGUAACAGUGGAUCUAUCAGUUUGCUUACUCCAAUUAUUUGGUAUGUCGUCGGUGGUCAUGAUAUCAAUGCUCAAGUUUGUUUGAGUGAUGUAUGGCUAUUGGGAAAUCUUUAA